AUGCCAUUGCAGAGCAGAUUAAACACUAACCCAUUUACACCCUUAUUUGAUCGCCUCGAAAAUUGGGUUAAAUCCUUCUCCAGAAAUGUCACUGACGAAACGGAUUGGGAUGAUUCAACCAAGGGCUCAUGGUACCUGCAGCCCCGUCAGCACGCUGUCGAGUUGGUAUUUCUAUCAACCGGAUUUGCAGCUGCAUCAGCUUAUUAUCUCAAAAAAAUAUUGGACCCUGCCAGUUUGACAUUCCAAUUACUCAAGAAUUUCAAACCAGCUGGACCUCCUACGAGAGCCGAAAAGCUUCUCAUUGCAUCUCUAUUGGGAACUUUUGGCGUUACUCUUGCUCACAAGGUGAUCCGAAAAAACAAAUUGUUCAUGCUUCAACCAUGUCAUAUGAGCGCAGGCCUACUGUUGAUGACCCUGUGCAACCCGAACAAGUCCUCCAUGGUUACAAACCUCUUGUUUAAUGUUUACUUGCACACACAAUGGGGUGCCAUUGCCGCAUUGGUCUUUCCUGAUUUGAGAGAUCACUAUCUAGUAGGUGAAACAACCAACUUUUUUGCAGAACACAUCCUCAUUUUGGUGGCACCUGUGUAUAUGAUUUACAGUGGUAGAUACCUCGUCUUGCCCGCAUCAAAGAAUGUGGCGUUACUAUCGUUCUUUGUCUACAGUUUCUUCCAUUCACCUGUGUUGAGCAUAUGUGCACUAAGAUCAGGUCAAAACCUCAAUUACAUCUUCUCUCCACCACCAAUCAACUUUUUGUUCAAGAUUGGCAAACGCUAUAGAUUAGCAUUAUAUGCAACUGCAUUUGGAGCCAUGUUUGCUACAAGAUAUGCUCUCGUCGAGGGCAUUCUCUCUAUAUUACCUCGCAAAUCAAUCACCUUAUAG